UUCUUUUUCAGUAAACCAAAAUGGCAGCCCCUAUCACGAGCAGCGCCUUUCCUCCGUCGACGCAACUAAUCGACCUUCCCAACGUUAAAAGCGAAUUGUUAUUCACCAUCAAAGAGUGUAGUUCUAGAGGUCUUCUUAAUAGUGUCAAAUGGGCAGCAGAAUUAUCCUGUGCAUUGAGUGUUACUGAGCCAUCUUCUUUGCCAAAGGAGGAGGAUUUUCAGGAUUUCUUGCAAGAAUUUGACAAAUAUACUUUGGCCAAGGCGUACUUUGAUUUGAAGGAGUAUGACAGAGCAGCUCAUGUAGUGAAGCAAUGUAAAAGUGCCAAGGCCUAUUUUCUUCAUAUGUAUGCAAGGUACAUGUCUGGUGAAAAAAAGAGAUAUGAUGAAAUGCCUGAUCCGCUUGGACCAAUGGAAUAUUCUGAUAUAAAGACUGAGUCAUUGAAGACUCUGAGAAUGGAACUAAGUCAGCUACACCAACAUCACAAACUUGAUGGAUAUUCCGCGUAUCUGUAUGGUGCUGUGUUAAAGAAGUUAGGACUUUUCAAAGAAGCCAGAGAAGUUUUGAUUGAAGCUGUCAACAAGACACCUCUACACUGGGGUGGUUGGUUGGAGUUAUCUAGUUUGAUUACAGAUAUAAAUAUGAUAAGUUCAGUUUCAUUUCCAAAUCACUGGAUAAAGGAAUUCUUUCUAGCGCACAUUUACCUUGAACUACAAAUGCAUGAAGAGGCACUACUAAAGUAUGAUUUCUUGAAGGAAGCAGGGUUUCAUAAAAGUACUUAUAUCAUGGCACAGAUUGCCAUGGCAACACAUAACAUGAGAGAUGCUGAUAUAGCAGUAGACCUAUUUGCUGAACUGCAAGAAGUAGAUCCAUAUAGACUGGAACAUAUGGAUAUAUAUUCCAACCUUCUCUAUGUCAAGGAAAUGAAGCCUGAACUCGGUUAUCUUGCCCAUAAAUGUUGUGAAAUUGACAAGUAUAGAGUGGAAACAUGUUGUGUUAUCGGUAAUUUCUACAGUCUGAGAUCACAGCAUGAAAAGGCAGCGCUUUACUUCCAGAGAUCUCUGAAACUAAACCCACAUUACCUGGCAGCGUGGACAUUGAUGGGACAUGAAUACAUGGAAAUGAAGAACACAUCUGCCGCUAUACAGGCUUAUAGACAAGCUAUUGAGGUCAAUCGUCGUGAUUAUCGUGCGUGGUAUGGUCUCGGGCAAACAUAUGAAAUUCUGAAAAUGCCUUUCUACUGUCUGUAUUAUUACAAGCAAGCACAGAAACUCAGACCCAACGAUUCAAGAAUGUUGGUUGCUUUGGGCGAAUCUCUCGAGAAAUUGGAACGAAUUCAAGCUGCUAAGAAAUGUUACUGGAGAGCGUACUCCGUGGGUGAUGUCGAGGGACAGGCGCUGAUUAAACUAGCUAAGUUGCAUGAAAACUUGAAAGAAGAAGAACAAGCUGCCACAUUUUAUGCCAAAUUUGUUGAACAGUCAGAAGUAAUGGGAACUGUGGAAACUGAAGAACGAUGUCAUGCAUAUUAUUUCUUAGCUGAUUAUUACAUGAAACAAGGCAGUUAUGAAGAAGCAAGUAGUUAUGCUCACAAGUGCUGUGCAUACAAUGAGACGAAGGAAAAUGGAAAAGCUAUUCUAAGACAAAUAGCAAACCUUAGGGUCACAUCUGAGGUCUCUAAACCCGAUGAUAGCCCCUCGGAACAUUGUAUGAAAGUAUCCAAUGAGAACACACCAAUGAGAACAGGAAUAUCACCCAUGGAUUUAACAUUCACACCAUAGACAACUUCAUUGUUGACAUGAACUUGACAUCAAUGGAUGGGAUUACUAUCAUAGACAACAGUGGAUUCAAUGAGAUUCCCUAAAUGUACGCAUUCAUGGACAUGAGCUUUACCAAUAAACAACAGUGGAUUCAAAGAGAUCUCCUAAAUGUACACAUUCAUGGACAUGAACUUUACCCAUAGACAACAGUGGAUUAAAUGGGAUGCCCUAAAUGUACACAUUCAUGGACAUAAACUUUACCCAUAGACAUCAGUGGAUUCUAUGAGAUCCCCUAAAUGUACACAUUCAUGGACAUAAACUUUACCCAUAGACAUCAGUGGAUUCAAUGAG